CAGCUCUGCUUCCAACUUUGGGAAGAUUCGGUUGUCAAUUAUAUUAAGUUGGAAGCUUUGAGCCUUUAACCUAUAUAUGCUCUUUCAUUGCACUUCUUGACAUGAGUUCAUCGGGCAUUUCUCUUUCUUCUCAUUAAAUUUAGCAAGUGCUUUCUCAAAGAUAUAUUCUAGAAGAUGGAUUCUGUUGGGAAAUCCAUUCAUGGAGCCAAAUACGAGUGCUUGCUCUUUGAUAUGGAUGAUACUCUGUACCCCAUGAGCACAGGUCUCAACUUGGCUUGCCGCAAGAACAUCGAAGGGUUCAUGUUACAACAUUUGCAUAUGGAAGGAGCUGAAGUACCAAGGUUGUGCUUGGAAUUGUACAAGGAAUACGGGACAACAAUGGCCGGCCUGAAGGCUCUUGGUUAUGAAUUUGACAACGAUGAGUUUCAUGCUUAUGUCCAUGGAAGACUACCCUACGAGGUUCUUAAGCCCGAUCCAGCUUUAAGGAACCUUCUACUUUCUCUGCCACAAAAGCGUAAAAUUAUCUUCACUAAUGCUGAUAAAGCACAUACAGCUCAAGUUCUCAGCAGGUUGGGUUUGGAAGAUUGCUUUGAAGGCAUCAUUUGCUUUGAAACGCUUAACCCUCCCCUUGAACCAGUUGCUGAUUGCAAUGAUGUACUAGAUCAUGGCGACACAGUCCUCGCCGGAGGAGCCUCUCAGGCCAAUGCCACUGGUUUAAGUUUAACUGAUGGUAGAAGUUUCAGCUCCAAGUCCCGAGUCCUCUGCAAACCAUCUUUGGAAGCCAUUAAAGCUGCCAUUCGAACAGCAAACAUUGACCCGAAUAAAACAAUUUUCUUUGAUGACAGUGUUCGAAACAUUGCUAGUGGGAAAGCAGCCGGACUCCAUACUGUUAUCGUGGGGAGCUCAACACUGGUGCCCGGUGCAGACCAUGCCUUGAGAAGUAUCCACAAUAUCAAAGAAGCACUACCUGAAAUAUGGGAAGGAGAAGGAGGACAGAUCGUGCAGGUUAUUCAGCCCAGUGCUGUUGCAACCGUUAUCCUUGCAUAGUUUUCCCCUUAGCCACACAAUUAUGUAAACUUCCCAUACAACACUGUAAGUAAAGUGACUGCAGAAUUCCCUAUGUUAAAAGCUUCUUACAAUGUCACCAAAAGGGUAGAGGAUACAAAGAUCAUAUUCUCCAAA